AUUUACACCAAAUCUAUAUAUCUACUAAAUUUGAUGCAAAACUUUACCUUUCCAAAGCCAUAAUUAACUUAUAACCAAUCCUAUAAGUUAUAUAUAUUUCUCCCAACAUUAUUCCACUUCUAACUUCAUCUUCUUCUAUAAUGGCUUUCUCCCUCUCAAAACCUCAUAUUUUUCUUCUAAUUUUGUUUAUAACCUUAAUUAGUUUCAUGUCAUUUGCUAACUCUUUGAAUGAUCAGAUUAUAUCUCCUAAAUCAGAAUUAUCAUCUUUGUGUAAAACCUCACCAUACCCAGAUGUUUGUUUCAAUACCCUAAAACUUACACUUUCCUUAAACCUACCUUUAAACCUCCUUAAUUUCCUCCUUCAAUCACUUCAAAAUGCACUAAUUGAAGUUAACAAACUAUCACAAAUAUUUGCUACUACAACACAUUAUAAUCUCAUAGAAACACAAAGAGGAGCACUCCAAGAUUGUAAGGAACUUCACCAAAUCUCACUACUUUCCCUUAGAAAAUCAGUCUCUAAGGUCAAGUCAUCAAACUUAACUGAUGCUAGAAUUUUCCUUAGCGCAGCCCUUACUAACAAGGAAACUUGCCUAGAAGGUCUUGCAUCGGCUUCCGGCCCUCGAAAGCCACUCCUAUUAAGCUCCAUUAUUAACACUUAUAAGCAUGUAAGUAACUCAUUGUCUAUACUAGCCAACCCGUCUCAAGGGGUCCCACCAAUGGCCGCGACACUGGUGGGACCCCAUAAAUCGUUGAAUCGUAAGAUCGUAGAUGAUUAUGAUGAUGGUGGCGAGUAUGAUGGAUAUGAUCCAAGUGUGAGGAUCAUAGUUGCAGCUGAUGGAAGUGGGAAUUUUACAAGUGUACAAGAAGCUGUGAAUUUUGCACCAAAUAAUAGUGAGUAUAGGACUUUUAUAUAUGUAAAACAGGGGAUUUAUGAGGAAAAUGUGGAGAUUCCAAGUAAUAAGGCUAACAUUGUUUUACUUGGUGAUGGAAGUGAUGUUACUGUGAUUACUGGUAAAAGGAGUGUGGCUGAUGGUUGGACUACUUUCAGAUCAGCUACUGUUGCGGUAUCCGGAGAAGGAUUCUUAGCACGGGACAUAACAUUCGAGAACACAGCAGGUCCAGAAAAUCACCAAGCAGUCGCGCUUAGAAUAAAUGCAGACUUAUCAGCCGUCUACAGAUGCACCAUAUUAGGAUACCAAGACACGCUCUAUGUCCACUCCUUUCGACAAUUCUACCGGGAGUGUGACAUUUAUGGUACCGUAGACUACAUAUUUGGCAAUGCCGCAGUUGUCUUCCAAGGAUGUAGCAUAGUUUCGCGGAUGCCACUCCCUGGGCAAUACACGGUUAUCACUGCUCAAUCUCGUGUCAUGCCCGAGGAAAAUACAGGCAUAGUGAUCCAAAAUUGCACUGUUUUGGCCACGGAAGAUUUAUAUGGAAAUAAGACUAAAGUUAAGAGUUACCUAGGGAGGCCAUGGAGGCAAUACUCUAGGACAGUGUACAUCGAAUCGUACAUCGAUGAUCAUGUUGAUCCAAAAGGGUGGAUAAAAUGGUCAAAUGAUGAUAAUGAAGGGUUGUUGGAUAGUUUGUAUUAUGGAGAAUUUGAUAAUAGAGGGUCGGGUGCUUUGACGGAUGGUAGAGUUAAUUGGGGUGGAUAUCAUGUUAUGGAUUAUUAUGAUGCAAUUAAUUUUACAGUUUCUCAGUUUAUUGUAGGGGCAGAAUGGUUAGAUUCUACUUCAUUUCCUUAUGAUGAAGGGAUUUGAUGAUUUAGGUAAAUUGUAAUUUGUAAGUGUUUGUGUUUACUGGCGAGUAGGGAAAAAACUUUAUCUACUCAGUGGGUCAACAGCCCACUAUUAAUAGAAAUAAAUAAAUAAUGAAAUCCAACUCA